AUGCACAAAGGGCGCGAGAGAGAAAUGGAGGUACAGGGAGAUGAAGUGACUGCUCCAAGGACGGUGCCUGAAAUGCAUGUAAAUAAGUCAGCGCAAACAGACAAAAACAAGCACCAAGUUGGUGGAUCCAAGGCAGGAACCUGCUGCAGCCGCUCGCCCGCGGACUGGUGUUCAGGCAGCAGCGCCAUGAGGGAGGCCGGGUUGUGUUUCAGUGCCUUGCUGAUCGCAACCAGCUUGAAAACGCUCACCGCUUCCGACUUCCAUCUAGCAGGCGAUUACGUGCUCGGGGGGCUCUUCUCGCUGCAUGCUGAAAUGGUGGGCAAAUCCCCCUUCAUCCGCGCAGAGGUGCCAAGAUGUCAGACGUUUAACCUGAAGAUUGUAGGCUACAGCUUCCUCCAGGCCAUGAGAUUUGCAGUGGAGGAGAUCAACAACAGCAGCACCCUGCUGCCCGGGAUCUCCCUGGGCUACGAGAUGGUCGAUGUCUGUUAUCACACCAACAUCGUGCACCCCCUCCUGUAUUUCCUCGCCAACAACCACUCCAAGGUGCAGCUGCAGGAGAGCUACGCACGCUACCAACCCCGGGUCCUGGCUGUUGUUGGCCCUGACUCCUCUCCAGGAGCCGUCACCAUGGCCAGCGUCCUGAGUUUCUUCCUCAUCCCUCAGAUCACCUACACUGCAACCACCGAAUCCCUGAGGAACCCCAAACGCUUCCCUGUUGCCUUCCGCACCAUCCCCAGCACCGAGCAGAUGAUCAAGGCCAUGCUGCUCCUGCUGAAGCAUUUUCACUGGAACUGGGUCAUCGUGCUGUUCGGCGACGAUGAUUAUGGGCAGGAGAAUCUGAAGCUCUUGCGGUUCUGGGCUACGGGGGUCUGUAUAGCGUUUCAGGAGAGCAUCCCGGUGCCCCGUGGCAGCCAGAAGCUGUCACCAGAGGAGCAAGCGAAGGUCCAGGACAUUAUUAACAUGCUCCACCAGAGCACUGCCAAGGUGGUCCUUGUUCUGACCUUGGACUGGACGCUCCCGUUCUUCUUCCAGGAGGCCGUCCGCCAGAACGUUACAGACUUGGUGUGGAUUGGCACUGAAGCCUGGGCCACCGAUCCCAGUUUGCACAGCAUCACCAACAUCAGUAGGUUGGGCACCUUCUUGGGGGUGGCAGUCAGAGAGGUCCCCAUCCCCGGUUUCAAUACCUUCAGGGUCAAGGCUCCUUCCAACCAGACUGGAGGAGCUGGAACAUGGGCAAGUGACCAAGGAACAUGCAACCAAGUAUGUGACCAGUGCUUCUUGGUGGCCAAGCAAAGAGAGAAGGAGCUGAGCGGCUCUGGGGAGCGCAUAGACUUCAACGUCUACUCCGCCGUCUACGUCAUUGCUCACGCUUUGCACCGGCUGCUGCGCUGCGGCUCCACGGGAUGUCACAAGCGGACGGUGUACCCCUGGCAGUUGCUGCCGGAGGUGCGCCGGGUGGAUUUCUCUCUGCUCAACAACAAGAUCCGGUUCGAUGAGAACGGUGAUCCUCCAAACAGCUUUGCGAUCGUGCAGUGGCGGUGGGACCAAGACAACCACCUGUUCAAGAAGAUCGCUUACUACAGCACCAUGCACCAGAAGCUGCUGUUCGGCACGGACAACAUCUCUUGGCAUACUCCAGGCAACACGGUGCCUGUAUCCAUCUGUUCCUACCAGUGCAUCCCCGGGCAACGGAAAAAGCCCAUUGGCCUCCAUCCCUGCUGUUUUGAGUGUGUUGACUGUGAAGCAGGGACUUACUUCAACAACAGCGACCACUACAACUGUCAGCCUUGUCCUGUCACCCACUGGUCCAGUGCCAGAAGUCAAGCGUGCUACCCGAAGGUCGUGACAUAUCUGGCCUGGCACGAUCGCAGAGCUGUGGUGCUCUUGAUAGUCUCACUGUUGGGCCUUUUAACCACCCUAGCAACACUGCUCACAUUUGCCUUUCAUUUGCGUACCCCCAUGGUGAAGUCUGCAGGAGGUGGGAUGUGCUUGCUCAUGUUGGCCUCUCUGGUCAUUUGUUUCCUCAACAUCCUUGCGUAUGUAGGAAUCCCAACAGAGUUCAAGUGUGUGUGGCGGCAGACUGUGUCCAGCUUCUGCUUCACUCUGUGCAUCUCCUGCAUCGUGAUCAGGUCCCUCCAGAUAGUCUGCAUCUUCAAGCUCAUGGCAAAGCUGCCCAAAGCCUAUAACUACUGGACCAAGUACAAAGGGCCAUACGUUUUCAUGGCCGUGGUUUUAGCUCUGAAAGCUGUUACUCUGAUGAUCAACUUUAUCAUCAGCUCACCAGCUCCUGUCCAGUUGCCCUUAGUGGACAACCCUGCAAUAUUGGUGCUGGAUUGCAAGAAGACUCCUGCGUUUCUCCAAAUGUUGGACACUGCCUUAGAUAUGUCCCUCUCCGUCCUGUGCUUCUGUUUUGCCUACGUUGGCAAAGCGUUUCCCAAGACCUACAAUGAAGCCAAGUACAUCACACUAUGGACAACUUCCUACUUCACCUCUUGGGUGAUACUCUUUGUGGCCAUAACUGUGUACCCAGGGGUGCUGGUACCCUUCUACAGUGCUCUAUUCAAUGUAGUCAAUUUGCUUGGGAUUGUUAUAGGUUACUUCGGUCCCAAGUGUUACAUCAUUUUCUUCCACCCAGAACGCAACACGUCAGCUUACUUCCAAACAGACAUCCAGACUUAUACCAUGAGGCGGAAAUAGUCUGAUGACUGUAGCUCAAGAGAUACAGCCCCCCCAUGGAAGAAGUCUCAAUUCCAAUGUUUUCCUAUGUUGGAGUCUCAUAAAUGUGUGAGUCCUGCAAAUUCCCUUCUAAUGGGAUAACGUUGGUUUUUUUUUUAUUUGAAGCCAACAAA